AUGACAAAGCCAGAGGAUAUGCCCACCGAAUAUCUUGAGAAUGUCCAAAAGGUUGAGCAGUCGGAGCAAGAUGUGAUUUAUCAGACUUACGUCUCCCAAAGUCCGGAAUGGCAUCGGAAGAUGACCAGACAGCUCCUCCGCAAGGUGGAUUUCCACCUCCUGCCAUGCCUGAUCCUAAUGUACUUACUGAACUUUCUGGACCGGAAUAAUUUGUCUCAAGCACGACUCGGCACCCUAGAGAAGGACCUGAAGAUGGAAGGAACAGACUACAACCUCGCGACCAGCAUCCUAUUCGUCGGGUACCUACUCAUGCAGCUACCGUCCAAUCUCCUCCUCACACGCGUCCGGCCCUCGUUACUUCUGGGGAUCACAAUGGCCAUCUGGGGGGUGAUAUCAGCAUGUCAGGCUGCCACCCAAUCGUUUACGGGAUUGGUCCUCUCUCGAUUUUUCCUCGUUGGAAGCGGCGCUCAAGAGGUUGAUCAUGCUGAUCGGAUCAGGUCGAGUUGGUACACCCGUCAAGAACUGAGCCAUCGAAUUGCCUGGUUUUACGCAGGAAGCUCGUUGGCCAACGCAUUUGGCGGUUUGAUCGGUGCCGGUGUCCUGGGCAACCUAGACGGUGCCCAUAACAUAUCAGGAUGGCGAUGGUUAUUCAUUAUUGAAGGGUGUAUCACCGUGGGAAUAUCGUUGAUAUCCAUUCUGUUCUUGCCAAAUUAUCCCGCAACCACAUCGUGGCUUAAUGAGACAGAGAAGUUAUACGCGCAAUGGCGUCUCAUUCAUGAUGCGGGAGAAGCCGACGAAGCGAAGUCGACCAACCUCCGCGAGGCGCUAUGGUUGGUCUUUUCCGACAAGCGCAUUUACCUGUUCAUCUUGCUCCAACACUCCUCGCUCCUGUCACAGAACUUCCAGUAUUUCUUUCCAACCAUCGUCCAGACACUGGGUUAUGGGAAUAUCGAGACUUUGCUGAUCACUGCACCGGUCUGGAUUGCCACUUUUCUGGUGUCCCUUCUGGUGACAUGGUCGUCGGGCCGCACGAAUGAUCGCAGUCUGCAUAUCAUCUCGUUGAUGCUCGUGAGUGUAGUCGGAUGCGUAAUCUGCACCGCGACCACGAACAUUGGUGCCAGAUUCUUCGGCAUAAUGCCGAUGGGUGCCGUUUCUGCCUAUCAGAUCAUUAUCGCAUGGGUGGCCAAUUCCUUCCCCCGGCCCCUGGUCAAACGAUCCGCGGCAAUCGCGACGGCGAAUAUGAUUGGCAACACGGCCUCUAUCUAUGGCAGUUAUAUGUGGCCAUCGUCCUCCGGCCCACGGUACAUCGCAGGUGGCAGUGCAACGGCCGGAAUCGCGUUACUCGUCGCCAUAUUAGCAUUUGUCAUUCGCAUGGUACAUUCCCGGAUGAACAAGCGUCUUGACAUGGCCCAAGACAGCAGUCAGGUUGAAGAUGGCGGUUUGGAAGGACGUCAUACAGGGAUUAGAUACAUUUUGUAG